AUGACGUCACUGCAGCGCCAGCUUGUACCUGUAUUCUCUGUCCCUGUACCUCCCGGCGGUACCACGACGACGCGCUCUUCCCACACUGAACAUGCGGACACAGCGGGGUCAGGGCAACCCCCUGACGGCUCUGAAGAACCCAGCAGAUUGAAAUUCCCUUCAGAUUUGGAGGAGCUGAGGGAACUGGCUGAGCUCCUGCAGUUUUACAAGGCUGAGCACACUGGAUAUGUCUUGUUACUCUUCUGCAGUGCAUAUCUCUACAAACAGUCUUUUGCCAUUCCUGGAUCCUCAUUCCUGAACAUUCUCGCAGGAGCCAUAUUUGGAUCAUAUCAGGGACUGCUGCUAGCCUGUAUGCUCACCACUGUGGGCUCCACCAUGUGCUACCUCCUGUCCCAGGCCUUCGGGAAACGCUACAUUGUGAACCUCUUCCCCGAUAAAGUCUCCAUGCUACAGAGGAAGGUUGAGGAGAACCAGGACUGUCUGUUCUUCUUUCUGCUCUUCCUGAGAUUCUUUCCCAUGACUCCCAACUGGUUUCUGAACAUGUCCGCCCCGAUUGUCAACAUCCCCAUCACCUUCUUUUUCGGCUCAGUCUUCAUUGGCCUCCUGCCGUACAACUUCAUCUGUGUCCAGACGGGUGUCAUGCUGUCUGAGGUGUCGUCGCUGGAUGACUUGUUCUCGUGGGAGCGGCUGGUGCAGCUACUUGCCAUUGCCUGCAUGGCGCUGCUGCCCGGCGCCCUUAUCCGGCGCUUCAGUCAGAGGCGUCUCAAGCUGGAUGCCCAGGCACAGAAUGGACUCAUCACAGAUAAGAAGGUCCAGUGAUUUGUUCUGGAGAUUAGUUUCUUCCCUUGCACCUCGGCGCCCUGUGCCCUGAAGGAGUGCAUGUAUUUAAAGUGGCCACUCUUCAGAAAGCUGCCUUGCAGACUUGUGUGUGACAGCCUCUUUUCCCUUCACUGCAGCCACCUGGAGAAGGAACGUGACUUUUAAAAUGCGACUGUCACAGUGGGAUUUGAAGUUGAGUAUUUUGUGUUACCAAAAGCUGGUGUUUCUGUGAGCACAGACUAUGCCUAUAAAUAUAUGAAUAUAGACUAAUUGUAUGGAGACGGGGAGGGUACGUUUAACGAUUUUUGCUUUUGCACUUGUGUUACACAGUGUGAGUAAUGCUUCAGUGGUAACAGCUGGUGUUCAACGUGCCUCUCAUGCAGUUAUAGACUCAGACGUCUACCACCAGCAUGGAUAAGUGGAAAUAUUAAUGUAAAUGUUAAAUGCCUACCCUUGUUUGUACAGGCUGGAUGGUCCAGAUGGUCCAGUUUUGUUGGGUUUGUGUAAGGUAUCUGUAACUGAAAUACAGAUUGUUUGCGGUGUAUAAUGUACAACUCGCAGUUGUAUUUUUCUUGUUUGACAAGCACAUUUUGUAGUUUUAGUAUAAAUUAUAAUAAAGUGCAUAGGGCAGUGUUUUUACUAUUUUCCUUCUCUGAACAUUUUUCAAAAUGUACUGUGUAGGCUGGUCUCAGACCAGUGAGCCAUGUACUGGAGUAGUUUUGACUUGACAUACAUGGGUGACUAAAUGUACAGCUGUUUAACUACGCCAUGCUAUUAUUCAGCUGGAUUCUUAUUUGAAAAUGAUUGUGCUGUGAUACGUGUUAAAUCAAGCCUCGAUAUGGCUUAAAAAUCAUGAUUUGCUGCUGCUCAAUAUGUUCCAUGUGUCUUUUUAACUGUGUCCUGGUCCUACAAUGUCUGUGUUGCAUGGAGUGUUGUUUUGAAACACUGUCUUCAUGUGGGUUUAUGUCAAAUAUUUGGUCUCCAUUUUUGUUUAACCAGAGAUGUAGACUCUUUUAAAUGUAAUGUAUUUCACAGUUUGGCUGUGACGUUUGUGGUCUGUAAGGUCACAAAUGAUGUGGCACCUUUUAUUUCAGAGGUGGAAAAA